AUGGGGCCUUUCAACCAUACAUCUAUUCCCUAUGUGGGCAAAAUUCCAGAGGGUCUGAAAGCAGGACUGGCCUUGUACUUUCAGGGAGUUGCUGGCACCACAGGUGACCGGUUUACAAUAAACUUCAAGACUGGGCCAUCUGACAAGGAUGACAUUGCUUUUCACUUCAAUCCACGAUACAACUCGAAUGUAGCUAUGAACAGCUUCAGAAAUGGAGGAUGGGAAGAUGAGGAAUCCGUCCCUGACAACCCCUUCAAUGUGGGACAAGCUUUUGAGAUUUUCAUUGUCAUCAAACCUGAAGGAUAUCAGGUGUACGUGAAUGACAAGGAGCACUACCUCUUCAAACACCGCAUACCGCUGGAAAAAGUGUCAGUCAUAAACAUUGAAGGACAUGUUGCUGUGAAUUUGUUUGCUUUCAUACAGAACUGGGAAAAAUCCUCAUUUGCCAAGCAUCUGAACGUCUUUUUGCAGUCUGCCUCAUCCAACAUAAUCUCAGAACUCUCACUGCCAGUCAAAAAUCCUACCCUUCCUUAUGUGGGCCCGAUUUCUGGGGGACUAAGACCAGGCAUGGCCAUGUACUUGCAGGGUGUUGUUGGUAGUGAAACUGACCCAUUUGCAGUAAACCUCAAGACUGGGCAGUCUGACAAAGAUGACAUUGCAUUCCACUUUCACUUCCAAAAUAAUGUCAAGGCGGUGAUGAAUAGCUUUAGGGGAGGAAAAUGGGAAGCUGAAGAAUUUGCUUCUGUCCCCCCAUUCAAAAUGGGUGAACUUUUGGAGUUGUUAAUUGUUAUCAAACUUGAAGGAUAUCAGGUGUUUGUAAAUGGCUACGAGACUUGCUUGUUCAGGCACCGUAUACCUGUGGAAAAAGUUUCAGCAUUGAAUAUUGUUGGAAAUGUUGUUGUAAAUCUUUGUGGCUUCAUUCAAAACUGGAGCAAGAGUUCAUUUGCUGUGAAAGGCAUGCAAAUCUUAAAUGUGGGCAGCCUGCAGUGUGAACUUCCCAGCAUACAAUCAGACCUCUUACUUCCAGUCCACAGUCCUACAAUUCCCUAUAUGGGCCCAAUUCGUGGGGGAGUGAAAGCAGGCAUGUCCUUGUUUAUGCAUGGAAUUGUUGCUAGUAAUGCUGACUGGUUUUCAAUCAACUUCUUGAGUGGGCAGUCUGACAAGGAUGACAUUGCUUUCCAGUUGAAACCGCAACUGAACUCGAAGGUAGUCAUGAACACGCGUAGGAAUGGAGAAUGGGAGGCUGAGGAAUAUGCUUCAAUCAACCCCUUUAAAAAGGGAGAAGCUUUUGAGUUGUUGAUUUUCUUCACACCCCAUGGAUACCAGGUACAUGUGAAAGGCCAAGAACUCUGCAUGUACAAGCACCGCAUGCCUUUGGACAAAGUAACUGCACUUUUUAUUGACGGUGGAGUCUCUGUUGGCAUCUUUAGUUUUAUGAUGGGUAUGGAAGUCAGUUUCAUGUCUCCUCCAACUGUUCAAUACACUCAUCAUGGUAUGGGAGGUGGUCUUAUUUCACCCCCCACUGUUCAUCACACUCGUAUGGAAGGUGGUUUUAUUUCUCUUCCCACUGUUCGUCACACUCAUCAUGGUAUGGGAGGUGGUCUUAUUUCUUCUUCCACUGUUCAUCACACUCGUAUGGAAGGUGGUUUUAUUUCUCCUCCCACUGUUCAUCACACUCGUCUGGAAGGUGGUCUUAUUUCUCUUCCCACUGUUCAGCACACUCAUCAUAGUAUGGAAGGUGGUCUUAUUUCUUCUUCAACUGUUCAUCACACUCGUAUGGAAGGUGGUCUUAUUUCUCCUCCCACUGUUCAUCACACUCGUAUGGAAGGUGGUUUUAUUUCUCUUCCCACUGUUCAGCACACUCAUCAUAGUAUGGAAGGUGGUCAUAUUCCUCCUUCCACUGGUCAUCGCCAUCAUCAUGGUAUGGAAGGUGGUCAUAUUCCUCCUUCCACUGGCCAUCGCCAUCAUCAUGGUAUGGAAGGUGGUCGUGUUCCUCAUUCCACUGGCCAUCGCCAUCCUCAUGGUAUGGAAGGUGGUCGUAUUCCUCCUCCUACUGCUCAUCACCCUCAUCAUGGAAAGGGAGGCGGUUGCAUCCCUCCUCCUCAUGGUCAUAAAAAGUGCUAAAGUUUACAAAAGUAGUCCUAAUCAUGCAUAUCUUUUUCUGAAUAUUCACACAUUAAGCAUGAUGAUGGUCUUAGUCUAUGUCCAUGACAUCACUGUUAUUGAUGUUAUGACAGUCAAAUAAAAAACACAUUGUUCUGAGUUUUUUUCCACAGUACACACCUGUAUACUGGGACUGCUACUAUAAAGCUAUAUAGAAACUGUUAUAAAUUGUUCAUUACAGAACCUCUUGUUUUAACUAAUUGGGUUAUAAAACAUCUUGCCAAAGGACUGCACUUGAAAAUUAGCCAGCUGGCUAACACUGGCACAUUUACAGUAAUGACAAUUAAUGUGUGUUGUCCUUAUACAUAAAAUAAACAAACUAAAAAAA